CCGGCCCGACCCAGUUCUAGCCUUGGCGUUCUUGUCCGGCUGUUCUCCCGUCCCUCCUCUCUCGUCUCCCUUCCUUGUUCGCGAUUGGACAGGGUUCGGUCCGGUCUCAGCCGCCGCCAGCGCUGUUUCCAUCCUUCCAUGCUCCGGCGGCGCUAUUGCCCGCGGCCGCCGGCCCUCCUGAGGGCGGUGAGGCACCUCUCGAGGCUCGCCCCGCCGCGGCCGGUGACGGCGGAGCCGGUCAUCCGGGUCUCCAACAACGUGGCCCGCCUCGGCGAGCCCAAGGAAGGCCCCAAGCCGCGGCAGCUCCUCUCCCUCCCCCCCUUCCCCUCCUCUCACACGAACCCUCUUCCCGGCCGGAAGAGGGAUCCCGCCGCCGAUCCCAGCAAGCCCCGCCGCAUCACCGCCAUCACCUGGGUCAAGCACUACUUCGCUGACAUCCCGCCGGAAGUCAUCCAGAGCCAUUUUAGGAAGGGCCUGGUCCAUGUGGAAAGUUCAAAUCAUGGUGUUCCCCCUGAUAAAGGUGAUCAUCAGAUGUGCCAGUUGAAAAGGGUUAAGCAUAAUGAUGUUAUGGAGGUUGGCAUGAAGAUUCACAUUCCUGUUUCGGUUGCGGAGACCAAGAUAACCAAGAGAUAUGACACCAUACCAACUGCAACCUUGCAUCCAAAUGCGGAUGAGAUAGAAUACAUAAGAAGGCUUGUCAUCUACAAGGACUCCGCUAUAAUUGUGCUAAAUAAACCCCCUAAAGUGCCUGUGAAGGGAAACUUACCUGUUCAUAAUAGCAUGGAUGUGCUGGCAGCAGCAGCAUUAUCAUAUGGCAAUGAACAGGGUCCCAAGUUGGUGCAUCGACUUGACAGAGAGAGCAGUGGCCUGCUAUUGAUGGGGAGAACGAAAGAAACCUUUGCUCGACUUCAUUGGCUUUUUGCUAACAUAAAUCUUGCAAAAUCAUCUUCUCAGAUCUGGAAUGAUGCUUGCGAAGCAACAAUGCAGAGGUACUGGGCAUUGGUCAUAGGAUGUCCAAAAGAAAGGGAGGGCCUUAUUUCUGCUCCACUUUCAAAGGUGCUUCUCGAUGAUGGGAAAACUGAAAGAGUCAUUUUGGCUCAUCCUUCAGGUAUAGAUGGUUCUCAAGAAGCUGUGACUGAAUACCGGGUGAUGGGACCCACCAUUAAUGGAUGCUCAUGGGUUGAGCUCCGUCCACUCACAGGCCGGAAGCAUCAG